GGUACUGCAAUUGAAGAUGCCGUGAGAAUGGAAAAGUAACCAGGUGAAAACGGUUAGAAAAAAUUAAUUGAGAUGUCACUCAGUCAAUGCCAAUCUUAUCUGAAACAGUGGAAAGACAAACCUCUGAAAGAAAAACUAGUGUUACUAGAAAUAUUACUUUGAACAACGGAAAACGGUAGAAAGUUGGCAAAGGAGAUUUUUAUUAGACAAACAGUGGCGCUAACAAGUUAGCUAGCAGCGAUGGAAGUGAGAAGACGUCUGUCAACUGAUAAACAUGACGAAAACAUAAAAGAAGAUACGGAUAUGGACCAGUUCAGCUUCGUCGGAGAAAAGAAAAGCUCGGGUUCGACUUAAGAACCGGAUAACUGCGCAUAUCAUGACUAUUGCAAUUCGUCUGACUAUGAUGAUGAGUGCUAUUUCAGCAACAGCUCAUGUAAUGACUGGUGUGAGCUUGACGAGCAUCAGGAGGCCAUCAUCAAAAUGUUUCAGGCAUGUUUUUUCUGCAUCAUCUUUCUAUUCGGAGUAACUGGAAAUUGUCUAGUGAUUGCCACGUUUGCUCUGUACCGCCGCCUCCGUCUUCGCUCCAUGACGGACAUCUUCCUGUUCCACCUGGCGCUGGCUGACCUCCUCCUGCUCCUCACCGUCCCUUUGCAGGCUGUGGACACUCAGCAUGGAUGGGUCUUCCCCGACUCCCUCUGCAAAGCCAUGCGUGCAUUAUACGCUAUUAACACGUACAGCGGUCUGCUGCUGCUGGCCUGCAUCAGCGUCGACCGCUACAUGGUGGUGGCACGAGCCCAACAGAUGCUCCGGCUGCGCAGCCAGAUGUUAACAGCGGGGAAGGUGGGUGUUGUUGGUGUCUGGCUUUUUGCAAUUCUGCUCAGCAUGCCAGAAAUCCUCUACUCUGGGGUGGAGGAGAAUGAAGGGAAGGCAUUCUGUGUCAUGCUGAUAAGGGGACAGGUCAAGAUGGCCACCAACGGAGCCAUCAUUGCAGUCUUCAGUCUGUCUCUCUUCAUCAUGGUGAUGUGCUACUCGUCCAUUGGUUAUGUGCUGUGGGAAGGCCACUCACAACGGCGAGGGAAGCGAUGGCAUCGACAGCGUACCCUGAAGCUGAUGGUGGCUCUGGUGCUGGUCUUUCUGAUCUUCCAGCUGCCCUACACCGUGGUGUUGUCUCACAAAAUAGCCGGGCAGUUCUGUGGUCUGUUGUUGGAGUUCAUCACCUGCACUCUGGCGUACACCCGCUGUUGCCUCAACCCUAUCCUGUAUGCCCUGGUGGGCGUGCGCUUCCGUAAGGAUGUGCUGCAGCUCAUCCAUGAUUCGGGCUGCCAUUGUGGACUUCAGCAGUGGUUGAAGACGGUGAACUCGAGCUCCAUCUCCGCUUCUUCUCCUGCUCUGACUAUGCUCUCAGUUUCCUCUCCAGUAUCUCCGACAUCUCCAACUGAACGCAGUUACUCAAGCAAUGAUACGGUGUCCUCCACCAAGUUUCAGUUUUCAGGAAAGAAGUUAAUCCACGGAGAAGAGGACUAGCCGAUGUUUUUUUUUUUUUUUAUUCAGGUGUCUUUAACAUGAUCUAGUCAUGAAAAGCCCAUGGGUGGUACAGUAGAGCGUGAACAGCUGGGUCGUCAGAUCUUUACUCUGACAUCCGGUGGAAAAGACUUGUGCUACAUUUGACUUACAAAGCAGUGAACAAUAUUUCUGAUCUGCUUCUAAAAUGUUUCUAACACAUUUGCUCUCUGAUUAGUAGAUAAAAAAAAUAAUAAUUUUAAGAUGCAAAUUUUAAAUUGAUGCAUAAAACUUUUAAAAAAUUUUUAUUGUAUUAUAUGAAGUCAUAUUUACUGUCAUUUCCCUUUGUAAUUGUCCUGUUCUACACUUUGUGAAGCUUUACCUAACCGUAUCAGGUGAAAUGUAAAAUAUAUUAUACUUUAUGAGCCUUUUUUAAAUGUAUACUAUGGUCACAAGUAAUUUUUUCUUUCUUUGGUUAACAUACAAAUUCUUGUUUUUGUUU